AUGGCACCCUACGUGGAGGAGCCGAACGAGCCAACCCUCACCGCGUCCACCAAGAGGGCGCCGAACCUUGUGGCUCCGGAGCCAGAACACUGCCCUGGUCCCGAGUCCGAGACAGCAGGUCAGGGUGAUGCCUGCGCCGGCUGCCCCAACCAACAAAUCUGCGCCACCGCGCCCAAAGGCCCCGACCCCGACAUCCCCAUCAUCACCGAGCGCCUCUCGCAAAUCCGGCACAAGAUUCUAGUCCUCUCCGGCAAAGGAGGCGUGGGCAAAUCAACUUUCACCAGUCUCCUCGCACACGCCUUCGCCACGAACCCCGAGUCCACCGUCGGCGUCAUGGACACAGAUAUCUGCGGACCCUCGAUACCCAAGAUGAUGGGCGUGGAGGCGGAGACGAUCCACGUGAGCAACGCGGGAUGGAGUCCCGUCUGGGUAACGGAUAAUCUGGGCGCGAUGAGCGUGCAGUUCAUGCUUCCGAACCGCGACGACGCGGUCAUCUGGCGCGGGCCUAAGAAGAAUGGGCUGAUCAAGCAGUUCCUGAAGGAUGUGGACUGGGGCCAGCUGGAUUAUCUCAUUGUCGAUACGCCGCCUGGUACCUCCGACGAGCAUCUCUCUGUCAACUCUCUUCUCAAGGAGUCGGGUGUUGAUGGUGCUGUGGUUGUUACCACCCCGCAGGAGGUGUCGUUGCUGGACGUGCGCAAGGAGAUUGAUUUCUGUCGCAAGGCUGGCAUCAAGGUUCUGGGUCUGGUUGAGAACAUGUCUGGAUUCGUCUGCCCGAACUGCACGCAUGAAUCUCAGAUCUUCCGCAAGACUACAGGCGGUGGACGCCGUCUGGCCAAGAAGAUGGGCAUUCCCUUCCUGGGUGCCGUUCCUUUGGACCCUCGCGUCGGUAUGGCGUGUGACUAUGGCGAGAGCUUCGUGGAUAACUUCCCGGACAGCCCUGCGUCCAUCGCUAUCAAGCGUGUGGUCCGUGCAGUCGGCGAAGCCGUUGGGGAAAACCCUGACGAUGUUCUCCCCGAAGAUUUGGUCGGUUGA